AUGUUGCUCAAACCCGCGACCCCCCUCACCAUCUUGCUUUUCGUCGCAUUCGCCCUCUUGCUCUUGUCAUGCCUAUCGACUCCCAUCAUCAAAGGCAUUCCUCUCGCUACAUUUAAGAAUGUCGACUACGGGGUCUUUGGAUAUUGUCAGGGGAAUCAGUGUUCCAACAUCCAUGUGGGAUAUACGGGCCACAACAUCGACAGCACUGGUAGCGACUUCAAUCUGCCCUCGAGCACUCGAAAGUCCCUCUCAUCUAUUCUGAUUGUUCACCCGGUCGCGGCCUUUCUUACCCUCGUCUGUCUGUGUCUCGCAGGAGCGGCGCACUUCCAUGGACCCUCCCACUCACCGCGCUAUCUGCUAGCGCUCUUGAUCCUGCUGUUACCGACCCUGCUGGUCACUUUGCUCGCUUUCCUGGUCGAUAUUCUUCUCUUCGUGCCGCACUUGCGAUGGGGAGGAUGGAUCGUCCUGGCUUCGACCAUCAUCCUGGUGUCCUGCGGAGUCGUGACCUGUGCUAUGCGUCGCACGCUCGUGAGUCGAAAGGCGCGCAAGCGACGCAUCGCCGAAAAUGCCGAAAUGAGCGGUGAAAACUACUACAACCGUCAGAACGCAGCUGCCGCGGCCGUGGCGGCGACUCCCUUGGAGACGGAGAGCAAGGAACCCAUCACCUCGACCUCUCCGACUCCGGAUUCGGGCCCGACUUUUGCCUCAUUUCGCACAGAGACACGAACCAGUGAUGAUGAUCGCACUCCGUUGAAUGAGUAUUCGAACGGCCCCGGCCCGCAGGACGUGCCGCCUCCUGCGAGUCAAUUUCUCGAUCGCCGGAAUUCCCCCUACCGUCCGCAAGAGCCGCCCGGUAUGCAUCCAUCUGGACCGUACGGAAAUCCCCAAAUGAUGCGCAAUCCGUCCGAUCCUCGCUUGCGAUCGCAGUAUUCGGACGGCAGUCCUCCCGGUAGCCGAGGGGGCCAUAUGGGAGGGCCAAUGCCGCCGCGCGGUCGCGGCGGCAUGAUACCCGGACGCGGAGGACCUCGUGGAGCUCCUGGCUACUCGGUAGGCCCCAACCGCAGUUACGACUCCUACGGGCGGCCAGCAAAUGACCAGUUCCAACCCCAAUCUUACCCCGGGUUGGAAUCGACGGGUCCGAGGCGGGCGCCCUCGCCCGGGACCAUUGGCAUGGCGGUGUCGCCAGACACGAUGGGUCGUGCCAUUGAAAUGCAACCGCAAUCGCGCCGCCCUGGCCCUUACGGCUCCGAUCCCUCUUUGGCCAAUGAUCCUUCGCCUCAUGCGCUUUCUGUUGAUGGCGCUCACGCUCCGCUGGAGAGUCCAUCGAGCGUCUAUGGCUCCACCGAAUCCUACGAGCCACCUCGAGCAGGCUGGAGCACGCAGGACCAUCAUCCGAGCAUGUCACCUCGGCCGUCGCAGUCGCCUGUGCAACAUGCCUCUCGAGGCUCUACCAACUAUUAUGAAGACGUCGAUCCCCGUUUUGCCCGUCGUCCUUCACCACAGCCUCCGUCACCAUUACCAUCUUCUCUGACACCCGGAGGUGGUUACUGUGAGUUUGCCCCACUUCGUUGA